CAUUCGUUUCGGAACGUGGACGUCUCGUCGCGAUUCGCGGUCCCUGCUUGUGCUGUUCUUCAAGAACAAGUCAGUAGUCAGUGAACAACAACAACAACAGAAAACAACACCGAAGAACGGGGAACGCAAAAAAGAAGUGUCAGUGGGAAAAGAGUCUUCCCCCCUUGUCGGUUGGGUUGGUUGGCCUGCGUUUUUUGGGGAAACGACGUAUACGGUGGGAAGUGCGAACGAAGGUAUUUUGGGUUACUUUCUUCCUAUUAUUUUCGUUUUCUUACGGCUGUGACCUCUCUCUCUCACUCGCUCUUUCACUUGGUGGGGUAGUGUUGUGGGGUAAAAAAGGAGCACACAGCUAGAGCCCCCCAUUUGGGUUUGGGCUUCUCGUACAUAUUAUCUGGAAAUUGUUGGAAUUGGAAUGGAAGCCGUGCGGUUGUUUGCGGAAAAUAAUUACACAUUACUGUGCGGAUUGUGUCACUGGUUCGCCACUGCUGGUUCCGGUUCAGCUUUAUCACGUUAAACUUCAGUUGAGAUUGAAUUUUCGGUUAAGGUUAAAGUAUGUAUUUAUUUAUACCAAGUACGCCGUAAGCAACGAAGCAUGUGCAGUGUCAUUUAGAAAAAAGGCUACUAUUGGCCUUGAAAGUGUGUUAAUCAACCUUGAAAUCUCACGACGUUUGACGUGACUCGUAAAGGUUGCAAAAAUUGUGAUUUCCCUCCGGUUUUUGAUCAAUCCGUUGAGAAUAGUCUUAUCAACCUUAUUUCAGGGGUUGUGCUCAUCCCCCAAAAAAUCGUCAACAUUGACACAGUUCCAAGUUUCCAGGUUACUGUCUGUUCCCAAAAAUACAAAGAGUUAAAAAGCGACGUCACUUCACACACAUUCAACUGUACGAAGAAGGAAAGAAUUCAAAGAAGAUCGGUAACGGUGCGGAUAUCCACGACGAUACCCAUUUGCCAUCCGAGGAGAGUGCUGCGGUAUAGCAACAAAAGCACUUUCAAGAGCCUCGCGUCGUACACCGAUAGCGUCGUCUAAUACCUACUUGAGGCAGCAGCAACGUGUUUCGCAGUCGUUUUUUGGUUCGAAGUAGAGAGCACAAGCUGAGCUCUGAGGCCAGGCCAUGUCAUCAACGGAGCUGUACGUAAAGGACGCCCGGGUAUGGAUCCCGCAUCCGGAAACCGUCUGGCAGGGGGCGGUCGUGACCAAAGACUACAAAGAAGGCGACAGCACGCUAGAGCUGGUGGUAGCCGAAGGACAGCAGAAGCACACGAUCCAAAUCAAAUCCAGCAGCGAUCUGCCCCCGUUGCGGAACCCUGCCAUCCUCAUCGGCCAGAACGAUCUCACCGCACUGUCCUACCUGCAUGAACCGGAUGUGCUGUACAAUUUGGAGGUCCGCUUCCGGGAACGGCAUGCCAUCUACACCUACUGUGGAAUCGUCCUGGUGGCGAUCAAUCCUUACGCGGAGCUUCCGCUUUACGGUGCGGAUUUGAUACGGGCCUAUCGGGGCCACUCGAUGGGUGAACUGGAACCACACAUCUUCGCCGUGGCCGAGGAGGCGUACGCCAAGUUAGAACGAGAAAAAUGUGAUAUUAGUAUAAUUGUGAGUGGGGAAUCGGGAGCCGGAAAGACCGUUUCGGCCAAGUACGCUAUGCGAUAUUUCGCUGCUGUUGGGGGAAGCGAAUCGGAAACGCAGAUCGAGAAGAAAGUCCUGGCGAGUAAUCCGAUUAUGGAGGCGAUCGGAAACGCAAAAACAACCCGCAACGACAAUAGUUCACGGUUUGGAAAGUUUACCAAGCUGCUGUUUACCAAUCAGAUAUCACUGAUGUCACUUACGGGAGGGACCAUGCAGACGUACCUGUUGGAGAAGUCUCGGGUGGUAUUCCAGGCUCCUGGCGAGCGAAACUAUCACAUAUUCUAUCAGCUUUGUGCGGCCAGAAAACAGUGGCCGGAACUGAUGCUGGAUCACCAGGACAAGUUCCACUUUCUGAACCAAGGCAACUCGCCGGACAUCGUGAGGGUAUCGGAUGAGGAUCAGUUCAAAGAAACCGUCAACGCCCUUAAGGUUCUUGGCUUUGAUAACGGUGAAGUUAGUGAUAUCAUGAAGAUUUUGGCAGCUGUGCUGCAUUUAGGAAAUAUACAGUUUACCCAUAAGCAACGAAAGCAGACGCAGGAAGUGGACCAGGAAGCAUGCAGUAUAGCGCAAGACGAUCUGCAUCUGAACAUAUUCAGCGACAUCCUGAAGCUGGAUCGGGAAGAGCUGCGCAAGUGGUUCAUGAACCGAUUGAUCGAAUCCAUCAACGAUAGUGUGUUGAUUCCGCAGAAUAAAUCCCAGGCGGAGGCAGCUCGAGAUGCGCUAGCCAAGCACGUGUACGCGGAACUUUUCCAGCAUAUCGUUAAGAAAAUAAACCGAAAUCUGUCCGGCAGCAAGAAGCAGAACUGUUUCAUCGGCGUGCUGGACAUCUAUGGCUUCGAAACGUUCGACAUCAAUUCGUUCGAGCAGUUCUGCAUCAACUAUGCCAACGAAAAGCUGCAGCAACAGUUCAACCAGCACGUGUUCAAACUGGAACAGGAACAGUACCUGAAGGAAGGUAUCGAGUGGACGAUGAUCGAUUUCUACGACAACCAGCCGUGUAUCGAUCUGAUUGAGACGAAGCUGGGCAUUCUGGAUCUGCUGGACGAGGAAUGUCGGAUGCCGCGGGGAUCGGAUGAAUCCUGGGUUGGGAAGCUGUUCGAGAAGUGUGGAAAACAUAGGCACUUCGACAAGCCACGUUUCGGGACCAGUGCGUUUCUGAUUAAACAUUUUGCCGAUACGGUCCAUUAUGAGUCGCAUGGAUUCCUGGAGAAGAAUCGGGACACCGUCUCGAAGGAACUGGUCAAUGUGUUGCGGAUUUCGGAUAUGAAAUUGUGCCAUAAGCUGAUGAACGCUCAGGAUGAGGCUUCGUCGGAAUCGGUUGAGUCGCCGAGGGGAGGGGCAGGCGUUAAGGUCGUCAUCAGUGCAUCCAGGGCUCAGCCUGCAGAUAAGCGAAAAAAGCCGAUGACUCAGAAGCAGCAGCGCAAGACGGUCGGUUCCCAGUUCCGAGAAAGCUUGACCCUACUGAUCACCACGCUCCACAACACGACACCGCAUUACGUCAGGUGCAUUAAGCCCAACGAAGAAAAAGCCGCCUUCAAGUGGGAGGCACCGAAGAUCGUCCAGCAGUUGCGUGCCUGUGGCGUGCUGGAAACGGUACGAAUAUCUGCGGCCGGGUUUCCCUCGCGGUGGGUGUACGAGGACUUUUAUGAACGCUAUCGGUUACUUUGCAAGCGGGUACAGAUCGUGGAUUGGAACGAGAAGGCCACCUGUACCAAUAUUGUGCGCAACUGGCUAACCGAUCCGGACAAGUAUCGACUGGGUAAGACGCAGAUUUUCUUCCGGGCCGGGCAGGUCGCCUAUCUGGAGCAGUUGCGCGGCGAUGUCCGCAAGAAGCACAUCAUCCUGGUGCAAUCGCUGAUCCGGAGGUUUAUCUGUAGGAAGAAGUAUCUACGUUUGAAACGGACUGCUCUCGGGCUGCAACGGCAUGCGCGAGGAAUGUUGGCUAGGAAGAAAGCGGAAGAUCUGCGGCGAAAUCGUGCUGCCAUCACGAUUCAAAGAUACGUCCGAGGUUGGCUCAAACGGGUCAAAUAUCAACGCGUUCGAAAGUCAGUUCUUGGUAUACAAACAUACGCACGUGGUCUUCUGGCCCGGCAGAAGUUCAAAAUGGUCCUGGAUAAUUACAAAGCCACUCAGAUUCAGCGACUGUGCCGGGGUUAUCUGGCCCGGAUGCGUACCAAGAAGCGUUUGGCCAACAUAGUCAAGUGUCAAGCCACAAUUCGUCGCUUCCUGGCUCGCCGUCAGUACAAACGUCUAAAGGCGGAAGCCCGUACCAUUUCGCAUAUCCAAAAAAUGUACAAAGGUUUGGAAAACAAGAUCAUCGAGCUGCAGCAGCGCUACGAUCAGAUUUCGAAGGAGAAUACAGAUUUGAAAAAACAAAAUGCAACCAUACCGGAAAUGCGCGUGCAGCUACAGGACCUGAAACGCCAAGAAAACGAACUCAAGGCCCUGAAGCUACAGCUAGAACAAAAGGAUGAAAAACUGAUUGUCGUAAUCAAGCAGCUAGAGGGAGAACGCGACGAAAAGAUGAUCCUUCUUGAGGAAAAGCAAAGAGAAGAGGAGGAACGAAUGAAGGAACGUGUCCUUAUGGAACAGGACCUAGCCAAAAUGCGCGAGCAGGUUAAAGAAAUCAGCACCGUAAACAAACUCGAAAAAGAUCGACUACUUUCCCAAGCGGAUUCCAACGAAAUACACGCAGCCUAUCAACGCAUGAUGAAGGACAAAGAUCAUCUGGAAACCGAGAACAACGCCCUGCGCCACGAACUGAAACGAAUGCAACACAUCGUCAGCAAUUCGCACGAUCUCAAGACCCAUUCCCGGUCGGUGAGCAACGCUUCCAGCACCAACGAAGACGACUACGGGUACAACUCCGGCAAAAACACCCUGGAAAUCCGUCGCUCUCCGCAUCAUUCUUACGAAGACCACUCAACCCCAAAUACCAGCGACAGUCCACCGGAGAAGGAUCAAACAGCCAUCAUCCUGAAGAUGCGGCAUCUCUUCGAGGAGGAGAAGUCCAAGAGCGACCAGCUACGCAAAGAGGUAGCUCGUUUCCGCAAAAAUGCCUCCUUCAGUACCGAGGACUCGAUCCGGGCCUCGGAACUGGAGGUGGAAAUCGAAAAGCUUCGACAGGACUACAACCUGCUGCGGAAUAGCAUCAAACGAGGUGUUGAAGACCUUGAAAUAGAGGCACAGUACAACGCUCUUCAGGAAGAGCUGAGACGUCGUCGAGAUGAGUGUAUUUCCCUGAAGGCUGUAUUGGCACAGCAGAGUCAAUCGCUUAGGUCGCUGGGACAGUUCGGACUGAAUCCGAAUGGUGACAAUAGUUUACGGAUUCACGAUGAGGUCGAACUGAUGGAGGCCUUCCAGGCGCAGAAGUUGGUCAACCGUCAGCUUGAGUCAGAACUGAGAGCUUUAACCGAUGCCAAUAACGAAACGUUGGUAGAGAACAAUAAAAUCAUUGAGGGACUGCGCAAGGAGGUGCAAGAUUUGCAGACCAUAUUGCAGGAUCAAGUUGAAGGUACCGUGGAGAAUGUUGAUGUGGACGCUUUGAAACAGAGUGAACAGUUCUUGAGGCAUGAGUUGAAGAAGUCUACGGCAGCGUAUGUAGAACUGCAAGAGCAGUUCAACGAGCUUCUGGCCAGGAUUGGUGACUUGACUAAGAAAAAUAAUAUCCUCUGCAACCGGUUACGGGACCACGGCUUGAACGAUUCCAUACUGUCGAACGAUGAGUUCCAGAAUAUGGCUGUUGUGGUCAAAAAGAAGGCACAAUCCUACCAGGGUAUCUUGAAGUAUCGGCAGGAAGAUGAAACCAAGAUCCUGCAGCGAUUGGUAACGGACUUGAAGCCACGUGUAGCAGUGACCUUGCUGCCAAGCUUACCCGCCUAUGUAGUGUUUAUGUGUAUCCGCUACACAGAUCUUGUGAACACGGACAAUCAAGUGCGAUCUCUUUUGACCCGUUUCGUACAGAUGAUGAAGCGGCUGUGCAAAGUACCAAACAUUAGCGAAAUUCGAAUCCUGUGGCUAGUCAAUACUUUAACUUUACACAAUCUUUUGAAGCAGUUCGGUGCCUAUCCGGACUACAUGCAGUACAACACCGAAGCCCAGAACCAGCAGCAAUUGAAGAACUUUGAUCUCUCGGAGUAUCGUCAGGUGAUCUACGAAACGAUCAUCAGCAUGCACGACGUUCUGAUGAGGCAGAUUGAAGAGAGCCUCAAACAGUUCAUCGUACCGGCCAUACUGGAUCACGACGAAAUGGCCCGAGGUAGAAGUCGAGGUCGAACCAUGUCCCUGGACAUUUCGCCGGAGCAAAAUCGGGAGCCCAAGACGCUGGUGCAGCAGCUGGAUAUGUUGCACAAGCUGCUGAGCAGCCACGGAAUGGAGUCGUGCUACAUCGAGCAGAUCUUUAAGCAGCUUAUGUACUACAUUUGUGCGGUGGCCGUUAACAGUCUGAUGCUGCGGGGUGAUUUGUGCAUGUGGAAGACGGGCAUGAAGAUACGCUACAACGUAGGCUGUCUGGAGACCUGGGUCCGCACCAUGGCAAUGGAUCCAGACGUGGCGAAACCACUGGAACCGCUGAACCAAAUCUCCGGAAUUCUGCAAGCCCGGAAAACGGAGGAGGACGUUCAGACCCUGCUGGAGCUGAGCACUUCCCUCACUACACCGCAGAUUUUGAAGAUCAUAAAAUCAUACUCAACGGACGACUGUGAGAACGCGAUCAAGCCGAUCUUCAUCGAACGGCUAACCCAGCAGCUGAAGGAACGAGCCAAACACAGCGAAUCGGAUACUUACAUGAUGGACGAGGAGAUGGUUCUUCCGCUGGUCGUGACCUACAAGUACAGUGAAGUCAACCUGGAGGAAAUCGAUGUACCGGAAGAGUUGAACCUUGACGGACUUAUCACGAAAAUAUAAAUGAUCAACCAUUAAAGGUAAGUAUUAAUAUUUGUUUAGAAAAAAAACAAGCUGUUUUAUCUGUCAAUCGAAUAAUAGUGAAGGCAAAAUUUGAGUGUUACCGAAAGCUGGAUUGUUGAUUGUUGAAGAACUGCUUUUAUCGGCUAACACUGGACUUUACUUCUACUGGAUUGUUAGUUUUUGUUGAUUCUUAAACAAAAGAAAUAAUACAUAUUCGAGAAAAUGAGUUCUAUCGAAAUCAAAAAACAAGUAAACGUCUAACGUUUUGUACCCCGCGCGUAACUAUGUCGUACUCAGAGUACGGUUUCUCUGCCUUUCAAAUGUAUUUGGCUGACUAAAAGUUCAAAACUACGGUUUCAGCCGCCUUCCAAUCAAUCGGAACAUCGAUCGCUCUUCUGAUCCAUGUUGAACUUCACAGAGUUAAAAACAAAAAGUGCAUUUACUAGUCCUAUUAUAGCGGACUAGAACGAGAUGGUAUUCCAUUAUUGUAUUAUAUAGUUUAUUUACCCACUAUGUUUGGACGGGCGUUCAACUUAGGAUUAGGAACAAAACAACGGAAGCAAACGGAUUAAAAGAACCAUACCUAUAAAUUAUAUUUAUUGCAUCUAGACGCGUUCGAUAGUUUUUAGAAGAGCUAUCGCACUUAUUUAAAGAAUAAAAAGAAAACAAUAAUCUAUACAGACAGUUGACACUGAAAACUACUUAAUAAACAAUCACUGGAUGGAAACGAAAGUACACAUAGCGAAAAGGAAACCAUUAGAGCAUUAGCAUACAAACAUAUAUAUUACUUAAUGUUACGUAAUAUUACUACUAUUUAUCGUUUAGUAGCAUUUUUUUGCUAAAUAGAAAAAUUUAUGAAGAUGAACUCACGGAUAGUUGCCGUGAGCUGCUGGCAUGUUAACCAAUAAAGCAAGUCAAGAUUA